AUGCGCAGGGGGACGCAAGAGGAUCUGUUCGAGGGUGAGCCGUCGCUGCCGGAGUGGCUGCACCCCGACUGGACGUGUCUGAACAGGCGCCCGGGCCCCGUCGACGACUACACGCUGCCGUCCGUGCAACGUUCGCUGCCGCCGCUGCUUGCGCUCUCCACUUUCAGCUUCUGCAACAGCAUGCUGAGCACCACUGAAGGCACAAGAGCAGUGUUUCGUCGACUUCGGUUCCUGUACCGUCAGAUUGCGUCGAGUGGAUCGCUGCCGGCGAUGGUUGAUUUGGAUCGUUCGCUGAGCUAUAUCACUGCGUUUGCACAGAACAACGAUUUGGAGGGCGACGAGGAGGCGCUGAACAACAUCGCGGUCGAGUUCAAGUUCUUCAUCGUUCAGACGGGCUCGCUCAGCCGCCACUGCGUCAACGAUCGCCUGUUUGCUACGCGGAACAUCGAGACGAAUUAUGCAUUUCAUGCGCUACUGGCAAUUUGGACGAAGGCACUGCGCGUCUCCAGUUUCCCGAAAAGAUUUCGUGGAUUUGAAAAACUCUACCCAAUGGGAGACGCGUCCUCAUCUGCGGAACAGCUUGCCUUACUACUGGCCUACGGACUGCUAUCAGCUGCGACAUGCUCGGUUAGAAAAGUUGCUUCGCUGAAAUGUUUUAUGAAUUAG